CAUGCUGAAUCUAGGAGGCUGGCAAGAUGAGUGUGAACGAGGCGGGCAGCGCUGGCUGCCAAGGGCAGGCGGCCUACCACCUGCGCAUCUACCCGCAGCUGGCCACCAGCGAGAGCCAGGCCUCAUGCCGCGUGAUGGCCACCAAAGACAGCACCACAUCAGACGUCAUCCAGGACGCCAUCACCAGCCUGCAUCUGGAUGGUACCAAGCGUUAUGUGCUGGUGGAGGUCAAGGAGACUGGUGGGGAGGAGUGGGUGCUGGACGCCAACGACUCACCCGUGCACCGUGUGCUGCUGUGGCCACGGCGGGCCCAAGAUGAGCACCCGCAGGAGGACGGCUACUACUUCCUGCUGCAAGAGCGAGAAGCAGACGGGACCAUCAAGUACGUGCACAUGCAGCUGGUGGCCCAGGCCUCUGCUGCCCGGCGCUUGGUAGAACGAGGGCUCCUGCCCCGGCAGCAGGCCGACUACGAUGACCUGUGCAACCUCCCUGAGUUGACUGAGGCCAACCUCUUGAAGAACCUGAAGCACCGCUUCCUGCAGCAGAAGAUUUACACCUACGCGGGCAGCAUCCUUGUGGCUGUCAACCCCUUUAAGUUCCUGCCUAUCUACAACCCCAAGUACGUGAAGAUGUACGAGAACCAGCAGCUGGGCAAGCUAGAGCCACACGUGUUCGCGCUGGCUGACGUGGCCUACUAUGCCAUGCUGCGCAAGCAUGUCAACCAGUGCAUCGUCAUCUCCGGGGAGAGCGGCUCCGGCAAGACACAGAGCACCAACUUCCUGAUCCACUGCCUCACCGCCCUGAGCCAGAAAGGCUAUGCCAGUGGUGUGGAGAGGACCAUCCUGGGUGCUGGCCCAGUGCUGGAGGCAUUUGGGAAUGCCAAAACGGCCCACAACAACAAUUCCAGCCGAUUUGGGAAAUUCAUCCAGGUCAACUACCUGGAGAGCGGCAUCGUGAGAGGAGCUAUUGUCGAAAAAUACCUGCUUGAGAAAUCUCGCCUGGUCUCUCAGGAGAAGGAUGAGAGGAACUACCACGUGUUUUACUAUUUGUUACUUGGUGUCAGCGAGGAAGAACGUAAAGAAUUCCAACUCAAGCAGCCUGAAGAUUAUUUCUACCUCAACCAGCAUAACUUGAAGAUCGAAGAUGGGGAGGAUCUAAAGCACGAUUUUGAAAGACUCAAGCAAGCCAUGGAGAUGGUGGGCUUCCUCCCUGCCACCAAGAAGCAGAUUUUUUCAGUUCUCUCAGCCAUCCUGUACCUGGGCAACGUGACCUACAAGAAAAGAGCCACCGGCAGGGAUGAAGGCCUGGAAGUCGGGCCCCUUGAGGUGCUAGACACGCUGUCGCAGCUCCUGAAGGUGAGAAGAGAAAUCUUGGUGGAGGUUUUGACCAAAAGAAAAACAGUGACUGCCAACGACAAGCUCAUCCUCCCCUACAGUCUCAGCGAGGCCAUCACUGCCCGCGACUCCAUGGCCAAGUCACUGUACAGUGCCCUGUUCGACUGGAUCGUUCUACGUAUCAACCACGCCCUCCUCAACAAGAAGGACAUGGAGGAGUCUGUGUCGUGCUUGUCCAUCGGGGUCCUUGAUAUCUUCGGAUUUGAGGACUUCGAGAGAAACAGUUUUGAACAGUUCUGCAUUAACUAUGCCAAUGAACAGCUCCAGUAUUACUUCAACCAACAUAUUUUCAAACUGGAACAGGAGGAGUACCAGAGUGAGGGAAUCUCAUGGCAUAACAUAGACUACACAGACAACGUUGGCUGCAUCCAUCUCAUCAGCAAGAAACCCACUGGUCUCUUCUACCUACUGGAUGAGGAAAGCAACUUUCCCCAUGCCACAAGUCAGACCCUGCUGGCCAAGUUCAAGCAGCAACAUGAGGACAACAGGUACUUUCUUGGCACCCCUGUCAUGGAGCCGGCAUUCAUCAUCCAGCACUUCGCAGGGAAAGUGAAGUAUCAGAUCAAGGACUUCCGGGAAAAGAACAUGGACUACAUGCGCCCAGACAUCGUGGCCCUCCUGCGGGGCAGCGACAGCUCCUAUGUGCGGGAGCUCAUCGGCAUGGACCCUGUGGCCGUGUUCCGCUGGGCUGUGCUCCGGGCCACCAUCCGAGCAAUGGCUGUGCUGCGGGAGGCUGGGCGCCUGCGGGCUGAGCGGGCAGAAAAGGCUGCAGCAGGUCUGGGCAGCCCUGGCACCCGAAGUUACCCAGGCGAGCUACAGAGAGCCGCCAGUACGCCAUCAGAGAAACUGUACCGCUGCUCAAUGCUAGAUUUCUCAUUUGACGGCUCUGAGGAGUUCGAUAUUAACGCUUUUGAGGACAUCAUUGCUUUCUAUGAAAGCAAGAACGAUUUGCAUGAUCAAAUCAUCAGGAGCAUCAAAGGAUUGCCCUGGCAGGGCGAGGAUCCCCGUAGGCUGCUCCAGUCCCUCAGUCGACUCCAGAAACCCCGCACCUUCAUCCUGAAAAGUAGAGGUAUCAAACAAAAGCAGAUCAUUCCAAAGAACCUGCUGGAUUCCAAGUCCCUGAAGCUGAUUAUCAGCAUGACCCUGCAUGACCGUACCACCAAGUCCCUGCUGCACCUGCACAAGAAGAAGAAGCCACCCAGCAUCAGUGCCCAGUUCCAGACAUCCCUCAGUAAGCUCCUGGAGGCCCUGGGGAAGGCAGAACCCUUCUUCAUCCGCUGCAUCCGCUCCAAUGCUGAGAAGAAAGAACUGCACUUUGAUGAGGAGCUGGUGCUACAACAGCUGCGCUACACAGGCAUGCUGGAAACUGUGCGCAUCCGCAGGUCGGGCUAUAGCGCCAAGUACACAUUCCAGGAUUUCACAGAGCAGUUCCAGGUGCUUCUGCCCAAGAACACACAGCCCUGCAGGGAGGUCAUCUCAGCCCUGUUGGAGAAGAUGGACAUAGACAAAAGGAGCUACCAGAUCGGGAAAACCAAGGUUUUCCUGAAGGAAACAGAGCGGCAGGCCCUGCAGGAGACGCUGCACCGGGAGGUGGUGCGGAAGAUCCUGCUCCUGCAGAGCUGGUUCCGGAUGGCGUUAGAGCGCAGGCACUUCUUGCAGAUGAGGCGGGCCGCAGUCACCAUCCAGGCCUGCUGGCGGUCCUACCGGGUCCGACAGGCACUGGAAAGAACACAGGCAGCUGUAUAUAUCCAGGCUGCGUGGCGUGGGUACCGGCAGCGGGUGGCUUAUCAACACCAGAGACGGAGCAUCAUCCUUCUACAGAGCCUGUGCCGGGGGCACCUGCAGCGCAAGAGCUUUAGCCAGAUGGUCAUGGAGAAACAGAGGGCCGAAGAGGAGAGGGAAACCCAGGAAACCCAGCAAGCCUCAAGGGAAGAGGCCGCAGAGGCAGGACCAGGCCCAGAGCCUCCAGAGGACAGUGAGCACACAGCGUUGUCGUCUGAGGCAUGGCCAAGUGACAGGCCCCCUGCCCAGAGUUCCCAACAGGAGACGGAGGUCUCAAACCCUGAGAAGACCCUCCCACCCCUCAAAACUACAGCUGAAAGUCAGGAGAAAGCACCAAGCAGCCGGGAGAAGCGGGAGUCCCGGCGGCAGAGAGGGCUGGAACAUGUGAAGUUCCAGAACAAACACAUCCAGUCAUGCAAGGAGGAGAAUGCCCCUAGAGAACCUUCUGAAGGUUCCGAAACAGACAUCCUGGAGCCAGAGGAGAGCCUCCCAGAAGACAGGACGGAUAUUAGAGAAGAUGAAAGUGCUUUAGAUGGAGGAGUCGAGACAGAAAAGUCUUCUGUAGAGCAGCCCUCAGAGCUGCCAUCCACAUUUAAGAGACUUUUCCUGCCUAAGAACAAAGAUAAGAAAUACAACCUGGAGGGUGCAGAAGAGAUAGAGAACACGGUGACAGGGCACGGUGUGAUAGAAGCCACCGCCAUGAAGAGGAAUCUAGAAGCGCCCUCUAGCCACCAGCACCGCCAGGCAGGCGAGAAGCACACCAAGGAGCCAGGCAGUAAACUGAAGAAGAACCGAAACCUCAAGAUUGGCAAAAUCACCGUGUCAGAGAAGUGGCGGGAGUCGGUGUUCCGCAAGAUCACCAACGCCAACGAGCUCAAGUUCCUGGAUGAGUUCCUGCUCAACAAGAUAAACGAUCUGCGUUCUCAAAAGACGCCCAUCGAGAGCUUGUUCAUUGAAGCUACCGAGAAGUUCAGGAGCAACCUGAAAACCAUGUACUCUGUCCCUAAUGGGAAGAUCCACGUCGGCUACAAGGACCUGAUGGAGAACUACCAGAUCUUGGUGAGCAACCUGGCAGCCGAACACGGUGAGAAAGACACCAACCUGGUCCUCAACCUCUUCCAGUCCCUGCUGGACGAGUUCACCCGAGGACACAGCAAGAGUGACUUUGAGCUGCCUAAGCAGAGCAAAGCUCAGAAGAAGAAGCGGAAGCAGGAACGCGCUGUCCAGCAGCACAACGGGCACGUGUUCGCCAGCUACCAGGUGAACAUCCCGCAGUCCUGUGAGCAGUGCCUCUCCUACAUCUGGCUCAUGGACAAGGCUCUGCUCUGCAGCGUGUGCAAGAUGACAUGCCACAAGAAGUGCGUGCACAAGAUCCAGACUUACUGCUCCUACACUUGCCGCAAGAAGAGCGAGCCAGGUGCUGAACCAGGCCACUUUGGCGUGUGUGUGGACAGCCUGACUAGUGACAAGGUUUCGGUGCCUGUUGUGCUGGAGAAACUUCUGGAACAUGUGGAGAUGCAUGGCCUGUACACAGAGGGCCUCUACCGCAAAUCAGGCGCUACCCACCGCAUACGGGAGCUCCGGCAGGCACUGCAGACAGACCCCGCAGCUGUCAAGCUAGAGAACUUUCCUAUCCAUGCCAUCACCGGGGUGUUGAAGCUGUGGCUCCGGGAGCUGCCUGAGCCCCUGAUGACCUUUGCCCAGUAUGGUGACUUCCUCCGUGCUGUUGAGCUACCAGAGAAGCAGGAGCAGCUGGCUGCCAUCUAUGCCGUCCUGGAGCACCUCCCUGAAGCCAACCACAAGUCCCUGGAACGGCUCAUCUUCCAUCUGGUCAAGGUGGCCCUGCUGGAGGAUGUGAACCGCAUGUCGCCCAGCGCACUGGCCAUCAUCUUCGCGCCCUGCCUUCUGCGCUGCCCUGACAACUCAGACCCACUGACCAGCGUGAAGGACGUCCUCAAGGUCACCACAUGUGUGGAGAUGCUGAUCAAGGAACAGAUGAGGAAAUACAAGGUGAAGAUGGAGGAGAUCAAUCAGCUAGAGGCUGCUGAGACCAUAGCCGUCCGCCGACUAUCCCUGCUGCAACAAAUUGCUCCAUGGCCUCUCAAACUGGGGUUUUCGUCUCCCUAUGAGGGGGUCAUGAACAAGAGCCCCAAGAUCCAGGCAAGCAGCAGCGGAAAUGGCCCAGAAGAGUUGGAGGUGCUGCCGGAGGAGGAAGAGGUGGCCGGAGGUGAUGAGGACCGUGAGAAAGAGAUCCUCAUCGAGCGGAUCCAGUCCAUCAAGGAGGAGAAGGAGGAUAUCACCUACCGGCUGCCGGAGUUGGACCCUCGGGGCUCCGAUGAGGAGAACCUGGACUCAGAGACUUCGGCCAGCACCGAGAGCCUGCUGGAGGAUCGGGCUGGGCGGGGGGCCUCGGAAGGGCCCCCCGCAUCUGUUGUCCCCUGUCCCAGUGCGCCCACCCUGAGCCCCUUCCCUGUGGCGGCCACCCCUCCGAGACGAAGGCCGUCAUCUUCCAUGACGGUCAGAGUGAAGACCCCCAGGCGGACCCCCAUCAUGCCCACGGCCAACAUCAAGCUCCCACCUGGCCUGCCGUCCCACCUCCCUGGCUGGGUGCCAGGCACCCAGGAGGCCGCUGCCCCCGUGAGGCGCCGAGAGCCACCUGCCCGCCGCCCGGACCAGGUCCACUCUGUGUAUAUCACGCCGGGUACUCUCCUGCCCAUGCAGGGCAUCUUGGAGCCCCUGGAUGAGGACAGCCAGCCAGCCGGGAACAGGCGGAGGUACUCAGACCCCCCAACCUACUGCUUACCCCCCACCUCGGGCCAAGCCAAUGGCUGAGGGCCCACAGCUGUCAGAGUCCAUACACCCAAUGACCUGGUGCCGGAGCUGGGUGCCGGGGCUCCAGGUCCAGCAUUCAGCUCGCUGAGAAGGGUCCGGAAUGCAAGCUGCAGGAGCAAGGAGAGGUGGACUCCAGCCCCAGCCCGAGUCCAGGCGAGCGCGCCAUCUGCAGCCAGGCCACCCUCGUUGAGCUCCCACGUCGCACAGACAUGCCUGCUCCAAGCGUGGAUCCCAGCAGGUGGCCUGGCACCCCCCCAACUCCCCUUUUGUAUGUUUUCAUAACUUUCUUUGUGCGUGGUUUACAUAACUUUAAAUUGUAACAGCCUUAACAGAAGACCAAAUUCUUUUUUAUAUGUGCCUGUACAAACUUUUAUAUUAAUGUCCUGCAUUUCCCUUAUGUCUGAACGUGAAUCUUCAGAGCAAAGCCUGGAGGACUGGGAUAAUUUGGGGCCUAAUGUUAGGACCCAACUUAAGGGCUUUGACUCUCUGGCCAGCUGCCGCCUGGCCAAUAUUCCUUCAAGGGACCAAUGGGCAGUAAGCCCUUCUUUAGGGACCACAGCUUUGGCCAGAGCUAGGACACAAGGAGGGAACUGGCCUCCACCUGGGGCACCACAGACCUCGCAUCCCAGGGAACUGCAGAUGUGGCCCGCACUUCUCAGUCCACUGUGCCCUUGACGCGGAAUCCUGGCAGCAGCAGCUGCCCUCGGCACAGCCUGUCUGUCAGAACAGGAGCUCGACACUCAGGACUCCACACAGUGGGAAGGACAAGACCUGCGGUUUCACUUGCUUACAGAUAACAGUGAGAGCCUGAGAGUCUCCAGAACAGGAUUUCCCUCCCUCAGGCUCAGCCCCACCCAGACAUGGCCACAGGUCUGGAAAGUAGGAGCACCCUACAAACUAUGUGAAAUAAAGAAAAAGUGCCUAA